AGCGUUUUAUAUUAAUAAUGGCAUCGUGACGCAUCCCUCACCAUUUAGUAGACAUUGGCACAAACAUAGGCUACAAUGAGUGCAUUCAAAUUAAACGGCAAAUGAAUUACUUCAGUAGUUAACUAAAACGGCUGAGAGGGUUAGACCUUAAACCCAACCAAAUGAUUCCCCCCCUCCUUUUCAAUUCUGGCUAGUGAGAAAAAAAAAUGCUGUAAGCACACGUGUUUCACCUACUAUCAGACAAGAGGCAGUAGCUGAAUACCAGUAAACGCGCAACUGCAGAACGACACAGCAGAGAGGGAGGCGAUAGCAGCAGUCUCGCAUUCGACACCCUCGCACCUCACUAAUGGGUGUGUGUGUGUGUGCACCGUAGUGUUGUGUGUGCUAGAGCGAGCGAGUGAGUGAGUGUUCAUUGCCUACCACCGAGCUCAGAGGCUACAAACGCAGACGCGAAAACGGGCGCCCACAGAAAGACAACACAGCCUGCGACUAGGACAUCAGAAGGAGCCAUCAUAACAGAGAUACUGUCUGACGGACUGAAUAGAUUUCGUGGACGCCUGGUAGCACCACUCAUUUGAGGCAACAACAUCUCAACGCAGACGGCUCACAGUUGUGGAACUGCCGCUGGGCUCUGUGUUUACAAACCCCGCUGUUAUUCAUAUCUUUUGUUUCCGCGUUAAUUCAUUGUGUUCUGUUCAAGGCUGUUACUUCGCCGCAUUGCUUUUACGCGCAGCGAGCAUUUGAGCAAUGGCAUUAUUUUCUCGUACUCGGGCGCUGAUACCGUAAAUACAGCCUAUGAACAAGGUCUGCAUGACUGCAGAGGUGGGGGAAAGCGGUAGCCUCAGGAGCAGGUUUGGAUUUGAACGAUAACCUAAAUGCUGGCGACGCGGUAAAUGCCAAACCACCCUUUGAAGAGGGGCGUCGCUGGCGAUUCACAUCGUUGUAUUUGUGUCUGCAUUUAAGCAUUUGCUAAGGCUACUGACAGAUGGGUUUGUUUUCUCCUUGACACAAUUAGCACACGCGGAGCAUCGUGAUUUUACACUGUAAGUAGCCCAAUAGGCUACAAUGUAGAAACGCAGGCACAUUUCUUGUAGAGCUUCUAUACUAUUUCGCUUUAAUUAGUGUUUUGUCAGGCCUUAUUUUGGUAUUCGAUCAAAAUGCCGGCCGGAAUGAAGCCUUUGGAAAAGUUUUUGAAAAAACAGACCACUGCGCUUAGUCGAGCUGGUGGCUUCGGGGACAAGGCGACUGGCACCGGGGCUUCUCGGCGACGUGCCAGCCUGUCCCGAGUGGUGGGCCUGCCAUUCUUCAGGGAGACUUCACCAGAGAGUGGUCCGGCCCGGGAGGUGUUCAGUCCAGAUACUGAGGAGGCCCCGUGCUGGCCCUCCGCCACCGCGGACAUCAGGAGCCCGUCCUUGUCCAGUGACGAGCAGAGCUCCGAGGCGAGCCUGGACACUAACUGGACCCCAUUGCCCCCGGACACACCGGACAACUUGGCGCUGGCGCUUCUGGACAGUGUAGCGGGGAAGCGUUUCGGAAAUUGUACAGAAAUACUCCUGGAUGACUUCAUGCUGACACACCCCAUCUUCCUGGCCUCCGACAAGUUCCAGCAGUUCCUCCUUCAACAAUUCAGCCCUGAGGGGACGGCUGGCGAGGCCUGGCCAGGAUGGGAGGGCUCUGAGCGGAAGCAGGCCGUGCUCAGCGUGGCCUUCCGCUACCUGGACACCUACAGGGAGCUGUUGCAGGAGGAAGGGGAGAGGUCCAACAGCUUCCCCAAGGACCUGUAUCUGUGUGCGGUGCAGGAGCUGAGUCAGUACCCAGAGCUCGUGGAGGAUGUUCUCAAGCUGCAGCGCUGGACUGAGAUCCUGCAAAACCCGGCGGAGGAGGAUAAGGAGUGUCGUAGGAAGCAGGUGCGGCCUCUUUUCCGUCACUUCAGACGCAUCGAUGCCUGUCUGCAACCACGAGAGGCCUUCAGAGGGUCAGAUGAGAUCUUCUGCAGGGUGUACACGCCAGACCACUCCUACGUGACCAUCCGCAGCAGGCUGUCAUGCCGUGUAGGAGAGAUACUGGCGCUGGUCAAGGAGAAGCUGCAGUACAGCGAGGACCAGCCAGUCCAGCCGGGGAACCUCGUCCUGGUGGCCGUCACUUCCGCGGGUGAGAAGGCCGUGUUCCGUCCGAGUGAUGAGGCAGUCUUCACCACACUGGGGGUGAACACACAUCUCUUCGCUUGUGAGCCAUCAGAGCUCGAGACUCUGAUGCCACUGCCUGAGGAGAUCCACUGGUCACCCGGCGACAGUAAACUCCAUGACAUGAGCGCGGAGGAGGUAGCCAAUCAGCUGGUGGUGUUCGACUGGGAGCUCUUCAGCUGUGUCCAUGAGGUGGAGUUUGUCUGUUAUGUGUUCCACGGGGAGCAGUCUCGCUGGCGCCCCCUGAACCUGGAGCUGAUACUGCAGCGCUGCAGCGAGGUGCAGCACUGGGUCGCCACAGAGAUCCUGCAGUGCCAGUCGCUCCCCAAACGCGUGCAGCUGCUGCGCAAGUUCAUCAAGAUCGCAGCCCUGUGUAAGCAGCAGCAGGAUCUGCUGUCCUUCCUGGCUGUGGUUUUGGGGCUGGACAACCCAGCAGUCAGCAGAUUACGCCUCACCUGGGAGGGUUUACCAGGCAAGUUCAGGAAGCAGUUCCAGCAGUUUGAGAGCACUGCGGACCCAUCAAGGAACCACAAAUCUUACAGGGAUCUGAUGGCCAGUCUGAGGCCUCCUCUCAUCCCAUUCACCCCACUGCUGCUGAAAGAUCUGACCUUCCUUCAUGAGAGCUGCAAGUCCUUCCAUGGAGAUCUGGUCAAUUUUGAGAAGAUGCAUAAAGUGGCAGAGAUGGUACGCACCAUCAGGCGAUACAGAAGCUCUCAGCUUGCCUUGGAGGUUGAGCCAUCUCCCUCUCACCUCCAGACUAAGGCCUACGUGCGUCAGCUUCAGGUCAUUGACAAUCAGAACCUGCUGUUUGAGAUGUCCUGCAAGAUGGAGCCCAAAGACAUGUGAGCUAGAGUCCAGAGUACCUCCAGCCCACUGAAGACCACACCCCCUUCCCCCCUUAAGCCCGCCCUUCCAUCUCAUCCGGGACCACACCCUCUCUGCUUCAGGAGCCCUCUCCAAAAAGGACCAAUCACUGAUCAACCCCUUCUCUUUUGCUCAGCUCAUUGAUUGGUUAUCUCUCCCCAAGAUCCCGCCUCUUUGAGCUAUGGAUCAUACCGUUUGGGCAGUACUGUUUUCUAGGACCUACCACUCACACAGUAAAGCUAAUUCUCAAUCAACUCUCGAGCUCCAAUUCUCUUCUAACACUAACAUGUACAGAAAGGGAAGGACCAACACUAAUGUCAAAAGAAAUGUAAGGCUGUGGAGCUAGAACUGUUGCUGUUGUUUUGAUUGGUUCAAACGAGGCUGUGGAACCCCAGGCGGUGUUUUGAUUGGCCCACAGGAGACUGUGAAUGGACAAAAGCUAUCUCUCCACUGGGUGACUGCAGAAUGGGAACCAGCAGUGAGGUCAGCGGGACAAUGGGAAGUUAUCUUGUUCAGCCCCUCCCUCUCUGCAUUCUCAUUGGUCAUCUCCAAGCAACGCCUGUCCAGUCUGCACUGCCAUAAACUCAUCUGAACAUGGACUUCUCCUGGAAAGAGUAGUGCCUAGGCCAUGUCCUAUCAGGAGCUACUCAGGACAGUAAGGGAAAGGAAACCUCAGUGGUUUUUGACUGCAUAAGUUUCAUCUUCAUAAGCUUUCUUCACUUUUUUUUUUUUUUUCCUUUCCCAUCUGUUCAUCUCCGCUUCCCCAUGUGAGACAAUCUUACCUCUUCACCCCCAGUGUUUCCGCCCAACUCCAUGACUGCCCCCACCCUAACCCUACCUUACCUCUCUUUUUUCCUCUCUCUCUCUCUCUCUCUCUCGCCAACGUGGGCACUUAUUCUCGGGUAAGCUGAAAAGCGGACCUCAGCUAUUGGGGGCGGCAUCCUCUCCUGAGAACCGUAAACUCUGCUAGUGCUGCUGAAGUCAACUGACUUAUACAUCACAGGCGAAUGGCCGCCCGCCGCUGGACCCGGAAACUCCCAGCUGCACCAUUAAAAACUAACAGAAGCAAAGCCAUGGACUCGAGCCAAGAUGGCGGCUCAGUCUGGAACAGAUCUGGUCCUGAUGUAAGGGAUGCCUCUCUGGGUCAGAGGCAUCCUGCAUCCAGCCCCUCUUAAGCUACAUUAUUGAAAGGGCAAUACAUCUCAGUCAGUAAACACGGGCCACGCUACUAAAAGCCAUGAACUGUGUGGUGAGGGUGACGGAGCUUUGUAACCUGCAGUGGUUUCGGAUCAUUCAGCUUCUUUUAAAAUGCUUGCGUGCUCUGAAAAAUGCCAUGGACAUAGAACACAAAUGUACCAUUCUGGGGUUACAGACCUAAACCAAGAUCCCAGUACAGCUCAAAGCUAUUUAAACUGUGUUUGUUUUUGCCAGUUCGACUGUAUUAAGAUGCACCCAAUUAGGGAGGAUAUCAGUUUGUCAUAUUAGCAUUUUGAUGUCACUUAAGAGCAAUUACCGAGUCAUACUUUUGGUGUAGAAUAUUGACUGUGCUUUAAUCAAAGUGUGAUAAGUUAUUAUUAUUUUUUUUUUUUUUUUUUACAUGUCGCUUUGCUUUUUUGAACAUAAGUUAGUGAAUGUCUGAGGUGAAAAUGACCUGGUCCAUGCUGGAUGUGAAGAACUACUUCUGGGUGAAAUGGCCUCCACCUGUUUGCCUGUGAUGUGAUCAGCCUCAGGAUCAGUUCCUGGGUCAACCCCCAUUCAGAGGGCUGCCUGGCUGGCUGGCUGGCAUGUAAAUAGUUAUUCAAAAUGUAAAUAAAUAAAUAAUAUGGAGACUCUAUUUUAUGUAUGAGCUAUGAGAUGGCCGUUCUAGGAGAAUAUUUGUUUUGUAAAUUUAAAAGAACGGGUGUUCCUUGUACAGUAAAAAAAUGAACACAUGUAAGAAAGAAAGAAAGUUAGUUGUCAGAAAUGGAUGGCGUCAGCUAACCUAAAGAUGGAUGAAUUGUACAGCUUUAUCUCCAUUUGUGUUUCGGUUCUGAUUGUUUAAUUUGUGUUAUGGCUUUGGUUGGACUAUAUUUUUUAUUUGGUUUUGUAUUUUGGUUGUUUUUUCAUUUUGCUGAGUUUAAGCUAUGGUUGUUUUAUUUUUUCCUUGAAACGGGUAAGAAUCCGAAUCUUGUUGUACUCUCUGAGUUUUGUACAGAAGUCAGUGUUUACAAGUGAACUCUCCUGAAAUUUGGCAGGGCGCUCUCAUUCUUUCUGAAGGUUGUUGGGGGGGUGGGGGGCGUAAGCAGCCAUCUUGUUUGGCUGUCCCCCCACCCCCCCAGCACCAGGAAGGAACACAACGCAUCCAAAUAAAGCCUCUUCUGAUGAACAUG